GGAACACAGUGGGAACAGGAAGGCAGUGGGAACACUGAGAGAGGAACUAGGUUAGCUGUUAAGAGGACACACUCCACUCCGGUCUUGAACGAGGCUCUUGUCUUUGGCAUGGCUCUGACAGAGCUCAUCUUCACCCUGGUAGGGGCCUGUGUGGUCCUGUUCUACUGCGCAAAGCUGGUACAUAUGCUGAUGCUGCUUUUCCCGAGGGUCUGGUACCCGCUUCCUGAGAACUUUUUUACCUCAAUGGGAAAAUGGGCAGUGAUCACAGGUGCAUCUGAUGGAAUAGGAAAAGCUUAUGCGCAGGAGUUAGCGAGGCGUGGGCUGAACGUGGUGAUCAUCAGCAGGUCUAAAGAGAAGUUGGACAGACUGGCGAGGGAGAUAGAGGAUACAACGGGGGUAAAGGCCAUAACUAUUGCCGCUGACUUCACCAAAGAUGAUGUUUUUGGGGUCAUCAAAGAGAACAUUCAGGGUUUGGAUGUGGCCAUUCUAGUUAACAACGUGGGCAUGCAGCCAGCUUUUAUACCCUGCAAACUACUUGAAACAGAUCACCUGGAAGAGAAAAUGCAUCAAGUAAUCAACUGCAACGUCAAAACAGCGGUCAAGAUGUGUCACAUCGUCCUGCCUGGAAUGGUGGAAAGGGGACGGGGCAUCAUUCUGACCGUGAGCUCCGGCAUGGCAAAAAUCCCCUUUCCCAUAUACACUCUAUACAUAGCUACGAAGAUUUUUCUUGAGAGGUUCUCACAGGGUCUCCAAGCCGAAUACAAAUCCAAUGGAAUUCUUUUUCAGACAGUGUCUCCUUUUGGGGUCUCCACAGCAAUGAUGGGCAAUCAGAAAGCAGGCUUCUUUGUAUUCACAGCUGAGGAGUUUGUGAGGAGCUCGCUGAUGUAUCUGAAAGCAGGAGAACAAACGUAUGGCAGCAUCAGACAUGCAGUUCUGGGUUGGGUCAUUCAGGCCAUCCCCACCUGGGUUCUGAGAAGUGAAGCAUUUCACCACAUCUUUCAGGAGUUUGUGAAGAAGCAAGUGGCCAGCUGAGCUCUUUGUCUGUACUGCAGUGUUUCUAUACAGCAUAUUAUUAUUUUCUCUUACACUAGUAACUUUAAUGUGGACUAGAUGAUAACUACUAUCCGAGACCCUCCGCAGGGGAAGCCAGAGGUCAGACUUACAUAGCAUUCGUUCACCUCAGCAGCCACUUAAGAUGCUACGUCUCAUGGGUGGAUACUUUUCACCCACAGAAUUAUUUUAGAAUCUCUGCGCUUCCCAUGAUUCCCAAGAAGAUCAGUGGAGCAGGGAUGGUUGACCACUGAGACAAGCAAAGAAAGACACAGAAACAGUCCUUUCAUAUUUGUUUCAAGAAAAAUAGCAAUUACCCAUGCUAUCGUGAAAAUUUGUAUUGCACACUUAUAUUUAUAUUUAACCUAUAUUUCUAUUUAACUAUAUACCGGUUGCCUUAUUAAGUACACUUACCUUGUAUCUACACUCACUGUCCAUUUUAUCAGCUCUACUCACAUAGGCGCACUUUGUAUUUCUACAAUUACAGACUAUAGUACUUUACUACACUGUACUUUACUAAAUUUGCUUCUUUAGUUUAUUAUUGGAGCAAAGAGGCUAAUAAACACUAGAAGUCAAUAGUCACCCAGAUCUUUAUGGUAAAUACAUCCCCAAAACGUUUCUCAACCUCCUCAAAGGUUGUCCAGACUUUGCUUAGAGCAAGUAUACAGUAUAGAUUCAGAUUCAGAUUCAGAUUCAGAUUCCUUUAUUGAUCCCAGGGGGAAAUUGCAGGGAAUACAUACUGGGAAUUAUAAAAAAUAUAUAUUUUAAUAUAAUAUACAUUGUAAAAUAUGACAUUUUAUCCUACAGUUUUGUGCAGAAUCCAACCCCCGUUGCGUACACAUACGACAUGUGGACAUAUAGAUUGUGUUUGCGAUAUCUGUUGUUUUUAGCAGAAAUAACAAACAUAACCCAUGGCUUCCAUAUGUCUGCGUGACGUGUGCACACAAAACUGCUGCCUGCUGUUCAUUUAUACAAUUUACAGUAAGUCUCAUACCAGAAAGUCUGCUUGACCUUAAUGAAGAGCUUUAUGUGUUUUAAGUAGGUUGAGAGAAGUUUGGGAGAUGUAUUUACAGAAAGGAUUUGGGUGACUAUUGACUUUUAGUGCUGGUUAGCAACAUCAGCCUCAUAGCAAGAGCGCUAAACUAUAGAGGCAAAAAUGUCUUGGCUGAUUGACAAAAUCCGGGAUAAAGGAAAAAGUGUCAAAAUCUGAUUUUUCACCAAACCAUUCAUUUUAAACCCUUCACUUCUGCUGGGAGAAUAAAAUCUCCAUCCUGUGGUCAGAGACCAACUGCUGAUGAAGGACCAGAGGACGACUAACACUGUCAACUGUGCAGCGACAGAUGAGCUAUCAUCUCUAAAUUUACAUCCAUAAGAUGAGCCAAAAUAGAUGUGUCUAGUAGAGUGGACAGUGAGUGGACAGUGAGUGUUUAAAAACUCCAGCAGGACUGCUGUGUCCAGUCAUACCAGUACAACACACAUUAACCCACCACCACCAUGUCAGCGUUACUGCAGUGCUGUGCUGUGCUCUGUGGUGGUCCUGUGGAGGUCCUGACCGCCAAUGAAUGGCUAAUAAAUAACACAGAGAAACAGAUGGACUACAGUCUGUAAUGAAUAAUUAAUUAACAGACUGUAAUUAAUAAUUAAUAGUAAUUACUGUAAAGUAGCUGGUAUUUUAGAUGCUUUAUUUAGCCUUUCAGGAAUGUUAAGAACAUCAAGAAAUGAUAGUAAUAAAAUAAUAAUCCAAUCCAUUUACAGUCAUUUUUGUCAAAUCAUCUGUCUCAAUAUUUCAUCACCACUUCUCAAAUUCGAGGCAUUGUGGAUGUUAAUGUUAUCUUUAGUCUCGAUGUUGUACAGAUUUCUCAGUUAUUACAGAUUUUUCUUCAGCUCUUCAUCAUUUGGACGCAUCAAAAAUAUCUUUAGUUAUGGUUUUCGAUCUUCUCACUAAACUAGAUUGUAUUUUAUAUAAUUUUAUAUAUUUACAGUCGGAUUCAAGCUACAACAGACUUUCUAUUUAUUGGCCGAGUUAAACAUCUUUUAAUCUUUUUCCCCAAUAUGUUAAAUUCAGCCAAUAAACAGCAAUUGUGCAUUAAAAUGUGCAGCUGUGUGUUCAUCACAGAGGACGUGUUAACAUCAACAACAAACGCCAUUCGAGCAGGGGCGUCAAACUUUCGCAUACAGCUGCAUCUACAGCUUUAUUUGGCUUUAUAAUAUUGAAAACAGUGAUUCUAAACAUUUGAAUGGGAGUCAAUGAGUUGAAAUUACAGUGGGACAGGAAUGUAAAGAUACAUGGCUCCACCUAGUGGACACAUCUGCUCUCAACUCAUGGCCUCUGUCUGACGCUGAGAGCAUCCUCGCUGUCUGCAUCAGACCAAAUGUGACUCUGACUCUCACACCCGCCUCAGAUUCAUUAUCCAGCAGAGACAACAUUGUUGUCUUCGUCCCCUUAUAUUAUAAGAAUUAUAAGGUUCUGCCUGAUAUAAUUGUCAAAUUUGAAUUCUUCGCAUAUUCUUAUCUCAUGCCAACUUCUGAACAUUAUGUGAGAUGUUUUUUUGUGUGUGUGCAUUUUUGGUCUCUUUAUCUAGAAAACAAAAAGAUUCUAUUUCUAUAGUCAAACUCUAACUUAGUUCUAUAUCAUCUGCAAGCCAAUUAGCACUUCGAUUGCUCACAAGAGGACCAAUCAGGUUGCACCUCUUCUUGUGUCUCGCCAUUCUGUUCAGUAAAUGCAGGAACAAUUUAUAAACCUUUAUCAGACAUGAAAACUUUUUCUAACUACUUUCUAAACUAUUUUAAUAAAUCAAUUUGUUUUACUGUCUUAUAUUUUAUAAACAUUUGGCCUUAAAGAUAAUUAAAUAGUAAACAUUUGAAUUGGUGGGCUCUUAAUUACAACAUAAACAUUGAUUUCAUUCAUCUGUCCAUCUUUUUAUCGUCUUCUUUCUCACAAAAUAAGACAUUUGGCUCAUUAGAGUCACAUUUCGGGUAUAAAACAAAACCUCACACUGCCUUUAGACCGACCUGCUACACUUACUUGCUGGGACGGUUUAUUACAGUGGCUGGUUGCCGUCUAAUAUAAAGGAAACUUAAACUAAUAGUUUCUAUCUAAAACUGACCUCUGCACUGGGCAAAAUAUUAGCACUGACCUUUAUACUUAACCUGCAAUAAUCAGUUGAAUGAGAAAAAGAUGAUUUGUCCUACAACAAGACAUAAAUAUCAAAAUCAAAAAUCAAAUAAACAUCAUAAAAUGUCAUAUUAAGCAUUACAUUGAAUGUUCUGAUAUAUGGAGUCUCUCUGCUAAUGUACCAAUUUUAUGUUUUAAAUAAAUUAUGAG